UCCUGUCCCUCCUACUCCGUGGACUGGACUAUAAGAAAAAUGGCUACAAGGGUCUAUGGCGAGGUUUACAAAGGUUUAUCUUUGUGUCCCUCGUCUUCACCAUCCAGUGAGGAAUUGGAGAAGUUGAUGUUACUAAGUAAUGGUUUCCUUAAUGAACUAAUCGAGUUAGUGUAUCGGAACAGAGUCAAUGAUGAUGCUUUCCUUACAGAUGUUUUAACAGAGAAAAGAAGUCAUUGGGGAUUAAUUGUUUCAGAGGUUAACAUUCCUUCUAUUUUGUCAAAGCACUCUAGUCCAUUUGCUGAUAGAGUGAGCAGCCAGCUCUCUUGUCUUAAUCAGGCUAUAUGUGAAGAGCAUUGGGAUGGUGCUAAAAUCCUAUUUGAGUGUAAGUGUUUUCAAGCCAUGAUCAGAGCAUUACUGGAUACAUGGAGGCCAGGUUUAGAUAUGAGUGACAGGGUAUUAGUUUAUAGUGAUACUGAUGAUACUGCAGGACUUGAUUGCACAACUGACAUUGAGAAGGACAGUUUAUAUAAUGAUGGAAACCUUAAAGUCAAUAUUAAUUUCUCUAUGCACUCAAGAUUACAGUAUGCUCAUUUAUUAAAGACUAAAGAAAAUUUUGAUGUCAUAUUCCUUAUCAAUAAUCAAACCAUUAAAGCUCACAGGAUCAUAUUAGCUGCACAGUCGAAUUAUUUUGAUAGAUUGUUAUUUGGUGAAAUGAGUGAGGGAUCAUCCAGUAGCACUGUUCCGAUUGUAUUAAAAGAUGUUAGAGUUUCAAGCUUUCAACUUUUGAUGUGUUUCGCUUAUACAGGGUUUGUUGAACUAAAGUCUGCUCAGUUAGAGGGUGUGCUGGAGCUGUUAGAGGUUGCUGACAGGUUUUGCUUUGUUAAACUGAAAGAUGCUCUCUCGAAGAAACUGACUUCAGUCAUUACUGUGAGCUCAGUCCUUCCUAUCUUUGUUACUGCAGACCACUUGAGUUUAAAUGAGCUCUGUCAAUCAUGCUUACGUUUUGCUGAUCGUCAUGCUGUUGAGGUACUGAAGGAAGAGACUAUAUUUUCAUUACCACAAGACACUCUGAUAUCUUUAUUAUUACGCGAUUCAUUUGCAGCCAAUGAAUUAGAAAUAUACAACUGCAUUAAGACUUGGAUGACUCACAACUCAGUAUCGUCUUGCCCUCCAUUACUCAAGUGUGUUCGUCUGUCUGAGAUACCAGCAGCUCAAUUGUUAGACCUAGCUACUCCUCACGGUCAGUUUACUGAGAGCCAAGUGAUUGUUGCUCUGAGGGUACAAAUGAAGAAAUUAGUGGGAGAGUCCAGGCCAAGAGGGCGUUGUGAGUUUGGAAAGAAUUUAUUUGACCUUAAAGAUUCAGCGAAAAUUAAAGAUUCUAUUUCAUGGAAAGAAGUUUCUGACGAUGCAGUCCAUAACCAGGCACCACCUACUGGCAGGCUUGGAGUCCAGCAAGGAUUUGUAGUACCUCAAGGAUAUGUAGCACCACAAGGAUUUGGACUACAUCAUGCAAUGUUUGGAACACAGCCAGGACUGAGAGGUGGUAAUCAUUGGCAUCAAACUGGUCGUUUACCUCAAGGCCCAAUGUAUGCGAGUGGAAAUAGCUUGUUAACUUAUGUGGGGACACCGGAAAGUCCACUUAAUAAAGUUAUAGUGUUUGGUGAUCGUAAACACUUAAAAUGUGCCCCUCUGUUUGGCAAUGACUCUUUGUCUGAACCUUUCUCCUCUUCCUCGUCCUCUCGACUAGUCUUCACUGUGGUUCUGGAUGAUCUGUAUCUCAUUAAUUUCUUAUCGUUUGUGUAUCAUCCUGAAGAGGAUACACAUGAUCCAGUCUCAUAUGUUGUUGAAAUAUCUAGUAGUGGCUCAAAGAAUGAUUGGUUGCAACUAAUGGAUUAUUCUGAAUUUCCUUGCUAUGGAAAGCAAGAACUUAGAUUUCCCAAGCAGGCCAUCAGGUAUAUCAGGCUGUCAUCAGCAUCAGUGUCUCAGUCUCAAGUUGCCAUUAGGCUACUCUCUUGCAGUUUAGAGGAAACACACACAGUCCCUACCAAAUAUUGCAAUAAUGGAUUAAUGGGACCACUAUCUUAUGUCAGUCCUGUUGCUCUGGAAGCUAGCAAGUCAGAUAAAGAGAUAGUGUGGCACUUUAGAACUCCAUUGGUCAUUACCACUGCUAAGUUUGUGUUUGAAAGAGGAGCAAGUCACGCAAUAGAGCAAUCAGUGAUUGUACUGGUAAAGUGGGGAGUAAAUGAGACUAUGAAAGAAAAGAAAAUUGAAUGCUCAUAUUCAGAAAAGAAUUAUUAUGAAUUUUUAUUUGAGUUUGGUGAAGAAGAAGCAAUAACUCUAGUUUCUGCUGCUCUUGUUCAGUCGGAAGAUGUUGCUACAGCUGUAACUUUUAAAAAUCUUCAAGUCAUGAAUAAAUUUAAUGGCUUUAAUCAUUGAUUAUGUAGACCAGAAAUUAUAUCAAUAACAUUAUAUUGUAAAACUUUUAACCAAUUAUUUGAUGAGUGAAUAAUUUAAACAAUUUUUGUUGAUUUAUAAUCGCAUUAUUUAUUUCAAGUGUAAGAUA